AUGGGCGAACAACAUGACUCCUCCCCAAAUGGGGUCCAUUCUAAACCGGUCACUCUUGAUGUUGAAUUUUCGUGAGCACUAGAAAUGCAUAUGACCUCCGGAGGCUGGAUGGAUCACUGACCAUGGACGGUUCUUCUUUAGAGGUGGCCUUGAGACGCUAUUCUCUAGCCAGCGGUCUCACCGUAUACAAAUACCGGCAAAAGACGACUCUGAGCAGCCAGCGAACCUGGGGUUUCUAGUACGCUACCUAUGCGAGAACCUAAUGAAGGAUAAGAGAAAGGAACUCUUCGUUUUGGAGGACAGGAUGUGGGGUUCCUUCCGGCAGUGUUGUUGUGACAAUUACCGUACGCAUCUACACAAGCUAACAUUGCUCGCGAAAGCCGCCCCGGUAUAUUGGUCCUGAUCAAUGAUGUCGACUGGGAAUUGGAAGGGGAAGAGGAGUAUUUAGUCCAGGAUGACGACACAAUACUGUUUGUCUCUACACUCCAUGGUGGUUGAAUUGGGAUCAAGCCUAGGCCAAUGCCAAGUAACAGCUCUUGCAUCUGAGGCUGGGAUAAACUAAAUGCUUUCCUAAUUCACAACAUUUCUCACGCCGGUAUAUGUACCACUAGUGCAUAGCAAUGCUAGGAAUUGCCUAGGUUUUCGGGGGGUCACGAGGUGAUUUUUUUCUUCUUCGGGUGUGCCAAAAUGAACCAUGGUGCUGUGCUCAUGCAGUAAAAGUACGAGCACUGGCCCAUGUACUGCAUCAGGCCACAGCAAUUGAGCCAAAAACGACAAGGGGGUUAGCGAAACUCUGGCUGCAAGAAAUCCUCCACACAACAUACUGUCUAAUGGGGGCCUAGACGGAGAGGGCUAACCAUACAUCCGCACCACACAAGGCCGUUGGAACCACGGGCGUACAUUCCGAAUAAGUUACAUAUACCCAGCAGCAGCAGCAGCAGCACGAACUUAUCGGCACAAGCAGCCACCACUAUAGGAAUGGUCUGUUUUAUCAUCAGCUUUAUGUGCUCAGGCAUUGGCGCCUCUCCCUGAUCAACCAGACGGGCAUGAACUCAUCCUGCAGGACUUCAACAGCGGUCAAUCCGUUGAGCCUUUUUUAAAAGGGAAAAUAAAUAAAUUCGCCAACCAGAUAACCUCGCCGCUACUAUCAGGUCCCCUGAUCCUGGGUUGCUCAAGAUAUGUACCGAGAUCGAGAUCGAGAUCCCCAAUACGGCGAAACAAAACCGCAUUUCCAUGUGGGCCGGGGAGGAGGGGUAUGACGGCCUGCGUUGUAACUUUAUUGACCUUUCUUUUCUUUUUCUUUUUUCUUCCCCUUCGCAGAGGCCCUUUUUAAAACAUAUUUUGAGGAUCCCCCUGGCAUGCCCUCCAAUAUGGCAUGAGGGUUGGGUUACCGGUAAGCACAGGCGGACAUGGGGAAGGGGGAGAUAAUUAAUCUCCCCAAUCCCUCCCUUCUCCCACUCCCCCAUUGUGAACACGUAUUAUUGUAAAUAGCCGUGACUACCCACCAAACGUAUCCUGCAGCUCCGUUACUCACUGACUCACUCGCUCUCUCCUCCCUCCCGGUAUGUUCCAGCUUCUCCUACCGUUACGUGAUCCCAUGGAACUCACAUAAUAAGAGGUAUACCGGUGCACCGGGUCUGGUCUUGUCUUAUAUACGCAACCAAGUCAACUGACUGGAUCUAUUCUGUCUGAAACUUUCAAUUGUUUCAAUUGAUAAAUUUAUAUUCCCCAAUGUUUGCGUAAUGAAUGGAUGAUAAGCGUGCCGUGCAUAACACCGAA